CUAUCAAAAGAAAUACUUCACCACAUAUACGUUCACUGGAGGACAUAUUCUAGCAAUAUAAAACUUGGCGUACUCUUUGCAAUUCUUUGCAUUAGAAGGCUUUUGGUGGCGGGCUUAAAAACAGAAUUAUCUGCAAUCAUAACAAGCGGAACAUACGACAAAGACGAGUGGGUUCGACUAAUUUCUAAAAUGCUUCUGGAAUAUCCUAAUUUGCAGACCCUUGAUUUAAAUAUCGAACAGUAUAUACCGGAAACUGCAACGAAAGGCAUGCAUGAAUUAAUGAGCAAAAUCAGUGAAAAUGGAAUUAAAUUUUAUCCGGUAGAAUAUGCGUUUUUUGAUCGCGAGAUAUGUGACGUUUUCGAUCCGUUUUCUUCGAGUCCGGCCGUCCAUACGUCACAUUUUGCUUUACGACAAGGAAUAUCGAAUAAUGAGAGACAGCUAAAACUGACAAAUUUACAAGUACCACCAUCGCCAGGAUUAACCUCACCAAUAAAUAGCAACGCAUUCAAUUUUGAACCGCUGCAAAAUCGUGGACAAUCACAUCCAUCGGUUGGAACUCCUGUUCGCUCAAACUCAAUUUCAGGGCCAUCACUGUUCAUACCUAAGAGAAGGCCAUCACAAAUUAAUCAACCGUAUCCAAGGCCUCCGAUUCCUCCUCCUCAAAGAUCUGGUUCAACAAAUAUACCGCCCAUGGGAGCAAUGAACAUCAAUCCGG